UCAGAAAAGGCAGGCGUGGCGCCUAAUGAGCCUGGCCUCGAUGAACCCUCUGCAGCACUUCAGUUUGCAGACAAGUACGAAGAAAGAGAAUAUCUCAAGGGUCGUCUUGCCGCUGCAUUCAGAAUCUUUGGAAAGUAUGGCUUUGAUGAGGGAGUUGCUGGUCACAUUACCCUUCGUGAUCCAGUGGACCCACAGACUUUCUGGGUUAAUCCAUUUGNNGGUAAGCAAAGAUCAGAUUGUUUGAGCUUGGGUGUCAUCUUGCUGAUACGUUCUGUCCACAGAGUUGCAUUCUCGUUGAUCAAUAAGUCUGACCUGAUCCAUGUCAACGAAGAAGGCGAAAUCAUCGGUGGUGGCGAGACCAGGUUGCUCAACACAGCAGCAUUCAUGAUCCACAGCGCCAUCCACAAAGCAAGACCUGAUGUUAUUGCUGCAGCACACAGCCACAGUAUCUAUGGCCGAGCCUUCUGCUCACUAGGCAGGAAGCUGGACACCAUCACACAAGACGCCUGCUCAUUCCAUAACGACCAUGUCCUCUACGAGUCCUUCAACGGCAUUGUUCUUGCAGCCGAGGAAGGAGAGAACAUUACCAAAUGUCUGGGCAGCAAGAAAGCGGCACUGUUGCAAAACCAUGGUCUCCUGACUGUUGGCAAGACAGUGGAAGAGACUGUGUUCUGGUUUGUGUCGCUUGAGAAGUGUUGUCAGGCACAACUGUUAGCAGACGCAGCAGCAGGGGGUCGUGGAAGCGAGACCAAGAAGAUUGACGAAGAGGAUGCAGUGUACACAUUCAAAGCGAUUGGGUCGCCGAUGGCAGGAUAUUUCAGCGCCAAGCCGCUGUUUGAUGUGAUCCACAAGGAGACAGGAGGUGACUACCUCCAG